AUGGCCGUCGACAGCAGUAUACCACCUCAUCAAACUCAUGCUGCCAACACUCCUUCUUCUUCCUUUGCAUCAACAUCUGCAUCGACACUGACACGCGAGCACCUCCAACAACACAACCAACGGCAACAACUUCACCAUCAUCGACCAGCACCCGUGCGACCCAUCUGUACUGCUCUCCCUCGAUACAACAUCAAUCAACAACAACAAGGCCUCCAUGAGGACACUCCUACCACCGCUACUGCCAACAACAACGAUGCGCUAGCAACUACAACAAGAGGGAUCGACUUGAGUGAACCCGAGACUGCUGGCACUCUCUUCUCUCCCAACGGCGAAGGUGAUCUGGUGUUUGCCAACAACAAAAUCACAUCGUCAAGAGAGUAUACUGGAUACCCUUCUCACAACCCCUUUGACGAUCCAUCAUAUCCUGUCGAUAACAAUGAGGCUGAGGCUCACAGACCAGUCGGCCCCUCCUCGCUGACACAACAACAACAACCAGAGUCCGAUCAACAGCUCCCAGAACAACAACCAUGGUCCAACGGUCGUCAUCCUCUAACAAAUCGCAAAUGGCUCUCACUCUACACCCGCUUCUUCCGCCUCGACAACACUCCCGCAACACACUCUUCCCAGAUCGUCCACUCGACUUGGAUGUGGACAGGCGCACUGUUCUUGAUCCGUUUCACGAUGUUCUUGUACGCUUUCUCUGUGCUGUUGGCGGACAUUCUUCUGACAGACCGGCCGCGGUACGAGUUUUGUUAUCUGACUCAGUUGUCGUAUCUUGGCUUGGUCUCCUACCUUGGCACGGUUUCAUGGCACACUUUGAGCGAAUGGCGCCGUGAGCGCGGUCUCCGAACAAUCAAGUCUUCUUUCAACAGGCAAGACAGAGAAGCAGGUUCUUCCGCUGCGAUGGCAGAGGCGAUGGUGGUGACACGGACGACGACAAUUGAGCGACAGCAUUGGUUCCUGACAGAUAUGAACUUUUUCCUGUACCACAUUAUCUGCACCCUUCAUGUGAUCGUCCCACUCCUGUUCUGGGGCUACCUCUCCGUCCAAGGCGAAGCCCGAUCAAUGGCCAUCGAGAUGUCUAUCAACGCCCUCUGGCGGAACUACUCCUUCCACGGCGGGGACCUCAUCCUAGUCCUCUUGGAGAUCUCCAUCAACUCUAUGCCCUUUAUCCCCUCCCACAUCUUCAUCGUCUUCUUCAUCUGUCUCUUGUACCUGGCCGAGGCACAUCUGGUCCAUUAUGUGGAUGGGUUUUGGAUUUACCCGUUCUUGGAUACGAGCGUAGGCCCGGUUUGGGUGGCGAUGUAUUUUGGCGUUGGGGUAGUUAUUGCGGUGGCGUUUGGAGUGAUGUAUUACUUGCAUCGAGGAAGGAAUUGGUUGUUUGCUAGACAGGCUGCUGCCAAGGUCCUUGCUUCUGCUUCUGCUGUUGAGGCGGCGGCGAUGCCUGAGAUGGUCGUCGUGACUUCCUCAAUCCCGACAGUUCGCCCAGGCACUCACCUCCAGACGACCUUCUCAUCCACCACCCGACUCCCCUCAGGAACCGUCUUUAUCUCAACAACCACUCCCACUCCAGUCAACUACGACCCUUCCUCGUCCUCAUCCUCUCAUACCCACAACAACCCAAUCAUGACCCACACAACUACCUCCACAGCACUCUUCCCAACCACCGCACCCCCCACCACCAUCCUGACAUCUGGCGCAACAGGACUCGAACAAAUGCCCAAACCUCUCUCGAUCCCGACCCAGAUUCUGAUACAGAGCCGUCGUCGCAGUUACAGUAACUGCUCCAACGACAGUACGACUUCUACACUUGUCGGAUCGGAUGAAGGGAUGAACAAGAAGGACAAGGAGAAGGAUUUAGAGGCCGCUAGCGGCUCGAUCUCCGAGAGAACGGCGAGAAGACUGUCGAUGAGUGGUGUGACGCAGCCCCAGGUGGAAGGCAGUGGGCUGAGGAAGGUUGAGGAGGAGGAUGGCUAUGAGACCGAAGGCGAUCGGUAA